AUGGGUGGACUGGAACCAUUUGUGGCUCAGUUGUGUUUCACCAUCACUGUGGCCUCUGGUUUCAAGAUGUCCAGCUCCUUUACUGAUAUGUCAGACAAGCCCCUGAAACCCAAGAAAACCUUCCGCGACAGGGUGGAGAAGUUUUCGGCUGCAGAUGCAGAUCGAAGCCACAUCAUUGUCCACGAUGAGCCCACAUGUCCCAGCUUUGAGGUUGUGGACGUGACUCUGGAUGAAUACUUGAAGGAUGUCAAGUUUAUGACCAUCUCUGAGAUCCGGCCUGUUCUGCAGCAGCUGGCGACUGCACUGCUCUGCCUGGAAGACCUGGAUAUUGUCCACAGCGAUAUCAAACCGGAGAACAUCAUGGUGCUGGAUAAGUGGCAGAAACCGCUACAAGUGAAGUUGAUUGAAUUUGGACUUGCUCGCCAAGGCCCCGACAUACAUCCAGGCUCAGGGGGACAGAGUCUGUUAUACAGGGCUCCAGAGGUCAUGUUGGGUCUCCGUCACAGGCAGCCUAUUGACAUGUGGUCUGUAGGAUUGACUGUGGCAGAGAUGGCUCUGGGCCGCCCCCUGUUACCUGGGAAACACGAGUACGACAUUGUAAGUAUCUUCCUCACAGAUGCAAAUAGUUGCAGCAUCCUGGAUUUGUUUCUCGGCUCUUAA